AAAAGAGGCUAAAAUGGAAAGUAAUAAAGAAAGAAGAAAUACAAAAAAAAAGGAAAAAGAAUGCAUAGGAAGUUUCUUGAAGGCGAAACCAUUACGCAGCUUCUGGUCGUUUUACACUUUUCUUUCCCCUUUUUCCUUUCCCCCCCCCCCCAAAAAAAAAAAAAAAAAAUCUCUCUCUGCAGAAUCUUCUGCUUCUUGACGACGAACCCUAACGCCAUCAGGGAAUCGCUUCGUUUUGGUAAUCCAUGGCUCCGUGUCCGGAGGAGCAUACCAACACCAACAACGUCCACGCCGUGGCUACGGUUAGCGGCGAAUCUCAGAGGUCUGUUCCGACGCCGUUCCUCACGAAGACUUACCAGCUCGUCGACGAUCACUCCCUCGACAACGUCAUCUCCUGGAACGAAGACGGUUCCUCCUUUGUCGUCUGGAAUCCGACGGUUUUCGCCAGCGAUUUGCUCCCCAGAUACUUCAAACACAACAAUUUCUCCAGCUUCGUCCGCCAGCUCAACACUUACGGAUUUAGGAAAGUUGUGCCGGAUCGGUGGGAGUUCUCGAACGAUUGCUUCCGGAGAGGGGAGAAGCGGCUUCUCUGCGAGAUUCAGCGCCGGAAAAUAUCUCCUCCGGCGGUUACGGGAGCAUCUUUGCCGUUGACGGAUCAGGGAAUCCCGACGGCGGCGGCAAAACCGGUUAUAACUCCAUCAAAUUCAGGGGAGGAACAAGUAAUCUCCCCAUCGUCGUGGUACUCCAAAACGGUGGGAAGCGGCGGUGGCGGAGGAAUGAUGGAGUUAGUGGAGGAGAACGAGAAGCUUCGGAAGCAAAAUAUUCAGCUCAACCGCGAACUAGCUCAGAUGAAGAAUCUGUGCAACGACAUCUUCAGCCUCAUGACCAAUUACGCCGGAUCUCACCCUAACAACCGAUACGAAAACAGUUACCACGACGUGCUACCGGCUAAGCGGUUUUCAGGCGAAACAGAGAAACCGGCGGCGGAGUCCGAGGACGAAGGGAGCCAGAAACUGUUCGGCUUCCCGAUAGGCCUGAAACGAACCCGGAGCGGUGGAGACCAGAAGGCGGAGGAGCAGCAGAAGACGAUAUCGUUGAGUUUGCGGCAGCCGGGAGAAUCGAGCGACGGCGGAGGAGGAGAGAGAAGGGAAAGCGAGGAGACGCGGUGGUUGCGGCGGCAUUACGGUAUAGCCAAUGAGAGAGUGUGCAAUUGACGGCUGAGAAGUUUCCAGCCGCGAAGCAGCAGAUCGCAGCCCUCUCCCCUCCCCCGUAGACACGUGCCGUUUUUUGGAAGAACUUUCCUCGCUCCUCUCCAAGUCUAACCCCCUCUCAUUUUUAAUUAUAUUAAGAUAUUAUUGACUAUAUAGUAUUAGAUCCAAAAGGCCCCUUUUUAUAUAUAUAUACACACAAAUGUAUCUAGUGGACUUUUCCCUUUUUGACCUUUCAUUUGUGUUUGAAAAAAAUAGAAAUAAAAAUUAAGAGAGAGUUGAUAACUGGGAACAUCUCAUUUACA